AUGAAACGGGCUGACGACUCGAAACUCGGAGAAGGCGAAGGGAGGGAUGCAAGCGGGAGAACGCAAGUGGAACGGGAGGAGAGGAGGACGUGGGCAGAGUUGACAGGCUCAUCAGAGAGAGGCAGCAGCCAAGUGUUUGAGUGGCAGAUGGGAUCAAUUAAUAGAGGCAAACUGGCCUCUCGAAGCUUGGUUAUUUGGCUCGUUAACUUCGAUGGCUACUUCCCAAGUCCUGAAAUUGGGUAUUCGAUUCUCCCCCAAUUUUGGGGCAAGGGAUAUGCGACGGAAGCAUUGCAGAUGGUGAUGAAGACGUGGUGGGAUCUUCCAAGGCGGAGUGUUGUAGCGGGUUGUGGUGAGGGACCGGAUGGCGCAGGCACUGGGAAUGGGGAUGGAGACGCGGAGAAGGUUUACGCCGUUUGCAAGACAGCAAAUCAUGCAAGUUGCAAAGUGCUGAGAAAGAGCGGGUUUGAAGUCGUUAAGGAGGUGUACAUUUGUGUGGGCUAUGAGAAAGCCGAAGGCAUAGAGCGCGCUCGACAAAAAGGCCUACGGAAGGACAGGGUUUAUUAUUUAUAUUGA